AUGGAACUCCUACCUCUCAAGUGUACCGGCCUUCGGUUGCGACAGUUGUAUAUGGCACCGGGCAUCACAGCACACAUUGACAAAGUGGAGGAGUAUAUCGUUGCCUUCAGCUUUCUGGCUUUGUACCGAAAAUUCGAGGCCAUUUGUGACAAGCUGGCAAUGCCUUCUCUAUGCGAUCCAAUACUUGGGCUUGAAGCACAACUUUCCCUCAAAUUCAUCAACGUUGCGCCAGUGUUGAGUGCUCUUGCGCUCCUACAAAUGGGACGACUGAACUGCCACACCGCAGUCAAUGUUAUCAAAGUCGCCAGAACCAGCCCUCAUCACUUCACGCCCGGUGAAACUGUGAAUUCCGAGAUCCUGCCGACGGCCCUCUUGGUGACGUGGGCCAUCUAG